UUUAUGUAUAUAUUUGAUGCAUUAGUAAUAAAAAGGACUGUGUCAUUGGGAAACAAAAUACAUAUAUUAUUCUGGCAGUGAAAACAGUGAUAAUAGUUUGGUAAUGGUUCGACAAGGCCAAGUUUCGUAUACUUUUAUUUGGCUUGCAUUUUAAGUGAUAUAUUCAUUUGGGCGGGUCUUUGAGUUGAAGUAAAUAAUAAGUGUAAAUAACUAUAAAAAUGUCGGUUAAUAAGGCUGCUAACUUGCGUUCCCAAUAUGAAGACUUGUGUAGGGAACUUAAUAUGGAUCGGGAAACAGAAGAUAUGUCGUGGAAAAUGUUCGAGGAGGUGUUGCAGCGGUCAACAUUAGAGGGUGAACCUUUACAUUGGUUUUGUUGUGCUUUGUAUGCUGCGUGUAGAUUAUCUUACACACCUACAGUGGGUGAAUCUAAUGCAAUAGUUAUGGGCAAUUGCAUUUCUCUUAACAAAAUGCUUCGUUGUUGUGAAAUAAGUAUAUCCGAAUUUAUAUUGAAAAUAAAAGUUUGGCAUGAAAUGGCUAAUUUACCAUGCAGUUUUCUACGUCAAAUCGAAAGAUUGGAACGAACUCCUGGGAUAACAUUUCAUCUCUACUGUAGAUACAAUGAUAUUUUCGAAAAGUUAUUCAUUUCAUCUCCAAAUGAUAAAAAAAAUACAAAGUACAGGUCUGUUGCAAGAUGUUCGUCAAAGAAGCUAUAUGAUUUAUGUUGGUGUCUAUAUUUAUGUGCAAAGAACGAAGAACCUAGUUACAACAUGGAUAUUGUGACGUCCUUUCAUUUGUUGCUUUGUUGCAUAGAUCUGAUAUACAUAAAUGUUUUAGGAGAAAAUCGUAUAGAUCUCGUCAAUCGGAAUUUUGUAGGUUUCCCGGAAAAAUGGGGCACGUCCUUAUAUGAUUCCCAACAACUUCACAACCAUUGUAUAAUAGGAGCGCUCUGCAAUUUAGCUGGCGCUUUGCCUAAUGAUGCAAAAGACAUGAAAGAAAAUCACUGUAAAAGAAUUUUUACGAAGUUUUUCAAAAUAAAGACAAUACAUGGAGACGAGAAUACGUUUUUGGGAAUCAUUUCUAAUGAAAACUUCGAACGAAAUGUAAAAUCUCUAAAUAGUGCUUAUGAGCAGUAUGUACUCAGUGUUGGGGAAUUCGAUGAAAGAAUCUUGCUUAGCAAUCCUAAUUAUAGGAAAGGCAGUUCAGAUGCUGGUGUGGAAGGUCAUUCUGUUACAAAUCCACAGACGCCUUACACUCGUAAACAUAUUUUGCCAAACAAAGAAGAUGUUCCAGAACCGGUAGCCAGUGCAACUAAUAAUGUAAAGAAACUUAAAGAUAUUGCAAAAAUUUCCGGACCAUCUGAUUUUAUAAGGCAAGCUGGUGUGGAAACUUUAAACAGGAUUUAUGAAAAAUUGAAUAAAAUGCAAAAUGAAUUCACAUCUGCUUUAAAUAAUGCAGACGUCGGUAACCGGUUUAAGACAGCAGAAUCGUUAUUUUUUUAUUUAUUGGAUAAAAUUUUACGAGUAGAAACUAGAACGAAACCUAAUAUAAAUAUCAAAAUAUUAUUAGGCACUGAAACUUUCAUAACAACGCUCAUUGUAUGCUGUGUUGAAAUUGUGCUUGAUGCAUAUCAAUCUCAAAAGAAAUUUCCAUGGGUGUUAACGUGCUUCAACAUAUCUGCAUACCAUUUUCAUAAGAUUAUAGAAAUAGUUGUAAGAAGUCAUGAUGAACUACUGUCGCGUCCAUUAAUUAAACAUUUAAAUUACAUUGAAGAGACUUGCCUUGAAUCAUUAGCUUGGAAAAGUGAAUCACCUCUUUGGGAUAUCAUUAGAACUUCUGCGUUGCCAACUUGGUCUGAUGUAGAUGUUGAUAAUUUAGCAAAACGAAAUCAGUCUCAGAUACAGCAGUCUCCAAAUUGCUCAGCAUAUGAAACCUUUAGUUCUACAAUUGUCAAUGAGUCGACCCGGAGAGAUCUCUUUAAUAGCGCGAGAGAAAGCUCUAACGCAAAAGAAACUAUUGUUAAAAAACAGGUUGAUGGAUCAAGGCGCACCGCGUCAUUGACAAUAUUUUGUAGGAAAUUCUAUAAACUUGCAUGGAUUAGGUUGAAAGAGUUGUGUCGUGAACUUAUGUUGGCAGAAGAACCACAUUUGAAUAAGUUGUGGACACUUUUUGAAUAUUCAAUUACCCAAAGAACUGAGUUGAUGCAAGACCGUCAUCUGGAUCAAAUGAUAAUGUGUGGAAUUUAUUUAUAUAUAAGGGUGCAAGAUAUAAAAUUUAAGUCAUUUACGGAUAUAAUGAAAUUUUACAGAAAACAACCUCAAGCACAAAGUCGCACAUACAGAGAAGUUCUUAUUGAAGCAGCAGAAGAAGAAAAUGGAUCACAUGCUAAAUAUCGCGAUAUAAUAUAUUUUUAUAAUAACAUAUUCGUUAAGAAUUUAACCCCUUACGCACUUAACUUUAGUGGGAGACAACAAGCGCAAAAUGUGCCCUUGUCCCCACAUCCCACGGAGAAGCAGUCAUAUCCGCGAAAAUUAUCUAAUAAUCUUAUAACAGUGUCGAGAAUGGAAAAAUCCGAGCAUUCACAUUCACCGGUUCUAACAUAUGAAUUUUCUAAAAGUCCGGGGAAAAACCUUGAGGAACUAAAUUGUGUUAUACGUAGAGGUAAAAGAAAUUUACCUUUUACUGAUUUCGAUAGCAGUGAUGGACCUAUCAUUGAAAGUAAAAUUCCGAAGAAAACGCCAAUAUAUUUAGAAAAAUAUAGAGGAGUUUUACAAGAUAGACAAGAAGAUAUAAAGUGAAUGUAAUUUUAAUUAAUAUACAACUCGAUUCAGUCAACUGAUUUGUGGUUCUUGCAGCAAUUUGCUGAAAUAGCUGAUAUAAAACGAUGCAAAUGAAAGCUUAAGAAGAAAUUCCUCAAUUACUCAAAAUAUAAAUAAGAGACAAUAUAUACAUAUAUAUACUAUAUAUACAAACAUUACGAUAUCAACUUAUUAUGAAUAUAAUUUUAAUUGGAAAAAAUAUUUGGUAAGUUAUUUUUCCAGCUAAUAAAGUGGAUAAUUUAAAGUUCACUUGUCAUUAGACAUGACAGCAGAACAGUCGUAUCUUAAAAAAUAAAUUAAACGUGAAUCGAUAAAUGAGAUAUACUUUGAACGAAGUGUUCUGAAGAAAAUGAACCAAACUAGUGGGAAUAAGUACAGGAUAAAUAUUGGAAAAUAUAGCUAACAGCAUUUUUUAAUUUUACAAGCAUAAUCAAAACUAAACAAAAUUAGAUAUAAGUAACGUAUAUAAAUUUAUGUACAAAUUGCAUGUACUUUAGUAAGAUUCGCUUUAGUUGUCGAUGCAGUUCAUGUCAAUAGUAUUAGCUAUUUAUAAAUAACGAUGUUUACAUUUGAUGUUGUACAAAUAUAUUUUUUAUAAUUACUAAGGCCUUA